AUGGACGGAAAUAAAUCACCAAAGCCGGUUAUACCAGCGAAACAUGAAGGGGAAGAUAUCGAGAAACUUCAUUUAGUAGAGAGGGUCCUGAACGAAGAUCUACGAGUCGCAAAGAAGCGACUAAAGGCCGGCGGGUCAUUUAAUGCGACUUUCUGGAUGCAGUCAGCUCAAGUCGAGGACAUAAUUCUCAAAAGGGCUCAGGAAGAGCGUAAAACGUCCUUUGAAAUGUUCAAAGGAACGGAGGAGCAAUGGGAGAACACCGAAGAGGCCAAGCGGCUAUUUGAAGAGAUUCGUUCGCGAGAAGUGGCGAGGAGGCUAGCAAGAAAGCGACAAGAAGAUCUGGAAGAAACAUCGAAGGGAAGAACGCUAAGAGCCAGCUUUAUGAAGCUGUUUACAACAAGCAAAAUGGGCUUGGGGAUUGCAGGUACUGGAGCCGGGAAACGAGAUGCUGCGGUCCAGAAACAGUUUCGAGAAGAUAUGAUCGAGAAAUAUGGGGCACAAAACCCCGAACAAGAUUUCAUCUGGUGUCCUAUUUUGGGACAACAUGUCUCCCACGCCACGGCCGCCCAUCUGUUUGCGUGGAUGCAUGGCCAAGAUACAAUGGAUGCCAUUUUUGGCAAAACUUCUGAGCCCGAGCUUUUCUCUCCCCGAAAUGGGCUUCUCAUCGUAUCCGCUCUAGAGAAAUAUUUUGACGAUGGGAAGUUGGUUAUUGUGCCAGAUCUACCAGAACGGCCACACGCGGCCGAGGUCCUGAGGUGGCUGAAGGGCGAAGCCCGAGAAUACAAAAUCAAAAUCAUCGACAUGACGUGGGAAAAGCUGGACAGGCAGGUUGUUGUAGAAUCGCCGCUCACGUAUAGAGAUCUGGAUGGGAGGAGACUGAAAUUCAGAACGCCAUUUCGGCCGGCGGCUAGGUACCUGUAUUUCCACUACUGCUUCCAAGUCCUGCGCCGGGCCUGGCAGUUGAAUGGAGAUAAGACUGCGGAUGUAUAUCUGCGUGGUGAAUCAGGUAGACCCUUUUGGGGAACCCUUGGGCGUUAUCUGCCCAAAAAUAUGCUGUUAGCCUUGGUUGAGGAGCUGGGCCAUGACUAUAAAGACCUCUUAAACGGGGCAUCCUGCGUGAAGGGCGAGGAUGAUCUUUUACUCGGCAUUGCGAGCAACCAGAUCAAAUCUAAAGCCGCCAAGAGAAGGGCCCUCCGUAAUGCAGGUCUUGCAGAUGAAAUAGAUUUUACUGAUACUGAGUCUGAAUCCGAGUCCGAGGAUGAGGAAGUUUGUUAG